AUGGCUCUCUCCUUGAUCGCUGGAGACGAAGCUUCACGAGAGAAAGAAUAUCAGAAGGAGAUCGAAUCCAAGUCGAAGGUGAUUUCGGGUCUCCUGAAGCUCUCCGAACAUCUGGAGAAGGGAAGCCCAGCGCCCUCUGGUGCCGACCACGCCGUGCUUCAGUCGGCCAUCUUGGACCUGCAGCAGGAGUGGCACGGUCUGUGGCUGACCAGUCUGGAGCAGCAGUACUUACUGGAGGAGCACAUCAGUAAUCGCAGGGACGACGGAGCGGAGCGGCUGCUGAACGAGUCGGGACUCGACGCGGAGCUUCGCUCGAUCUUCGGCCGCAAGGGCGCUGGCGGUCGCGGCGAGCGACGUCGGCGCCGCUGA